AUGCGCGGAUUACAUGAUGACGUGGCGCGUCUGUCCCAAGGUGCGCCGGCGAUUUCUGAAAUCACAAUAACGCCUAUACGUGCUUUUGCGGAGGCUUUCAAUUCAUGUAGACUGCGAAAGACAGAGGAUAUGGAUGAUGCAAGAGAGCCUGAAACACCCCGACCCUAUCCUGAAGUUGGUCAUGGUGAUUCUUUGACACAAAGUGGCAUGCAGCACGACACCCACCGUCCGAUCGCCGACAUCGUUAGCAGUCCGGGUGCUUUACAUGAGACGAUCGAAGAGAUUAUAGAUCUGGCCAUCGCCGAAAAUAACGAGGAAAAACCUCUCAAGCUUCGGUUCAUCACGCCUUCGUUCGUCGAGGCUUGGAUCACGGAUGAAAAUUAUUGUGAUUUCAAGAUCACGUCACCAGAAGAGCACGAGCCGGGGAUGGACUUUGUCUCCGUUUCAUACUGCUGGAACCAUACACAAUCUAUGGCCGGACUACCUAUGCUACCUGAGUACUGCAUACAAGACCUGGCGAGUCCUAAUAGCCUAGGACGCCCGGUCAGCUGUCCAACGUUGGUGUUCCAUCGUGCUGUCCAAUUCGCAAGACAACAUGGGUGUCCAUAUAUCUGGAUCGACCAAGAAUGUAUCAACCAAACGAAUCCCGCCGACAUUGAGAAGCAUUUACAGAUAAUGCAUCGAGUAUACAAAGAAAGUCGGUGGACCGUUGCACUCCUCUCGUGGACUUUCCCUAUAGUGUCAGCAGUUGAGGUAAUACACGACUUUACCGAUGGCCAAGAUCAUGAAGUCGAUCGUACGAAGCUGAUUUUUGCCAUACUACAACCCUUAACCAACGACAGAUGGUUUACACGUACUUGGACACAUCAUGAAAGACUAUGUGCUAGCUCACUUCACUACCUUGUACCGGUCGAUCCGACAUUCACAUUGCCCGAAUAUAUCAAGCGUCGUAUGGCAGGAAACGAUCUCCAUGUAGAUGCGUCUAACAUAUCUGCUACUGGAGGGUAUCGCGAGAAGUUCACGACGAGUCCAUCCGAGAUUCCAGCCCCUGGAAAUUUUUCCUCGCCUUUCGCCGAAAAUGGCAGGACUUCGAUGCCUAUGAGACCGGAAUCCGAGCACCCAUGGAAUUUGGUCCUACUCCAAACUUUUGAUGCCAUGGACAAAUGCGAUAACUUCUUGGUAGCCGAUCGUGUUUCGAUACUGGGAAACAUCUGUGACCUUCCUCGUCGCCUGCUUUCCAAUCGGCUCAACGACCCGAAAUACAGUUAUAGCAUUUGCCUAAUGGCAUUGUUUCUCGCAAACUGCUUGCCAGAUCCGGCCGAGAGAUUGAACUACCUCCAAGUUGCUUGGGGAUCGACGUUGCAACACACGAUACGGGACGUGUUCAAAGGGUGGGAGUUGUUUGAGCCUUCUAUGAUCUUGAAGGCGAAAAAAAAGGGAUGGGAUAUCGAUGACAUCAGCCGAAGGAUGAGCGGUUUGAUCGAUCACAAUAAGGACUUGCCAGAUGUCACCGGUAUCGAGCUAUGAUAUUUGAAUGAUAUUCUCCUUUGUCUGAAUCGUAGAGUUCCAUCUCUUUGACCAAUAACAUGGCCCUCAUGGAAGAACAUACUUGUACUUUGUCUUCUAUACAACAUCUUCCAACU